CUAGAAUCUGGUCAGUGAAUAAGACAGGGCAGCAGACCCGCUCAGUUUGUUGACGGCUACUCUCGGAAUGCGCCGUUAAGUCUUCGCGUGUAUGUACUACACCCGUGCUCGCACGGCUCGUGUCGCAAGCAGGUGAGGCAACCCGUCACCAGUGCCAACACGCCGCAGCCGCGUCCACGAACGGCAAGUUUGAGCAAUGACGCCGGGCGGUUCGCUUGGAGUGCUGACUUUGUGGCUCUCGUUGACAGUGGUCUGUGGCGACAGGAGGGGAUACAUUCUCUAUUGUCCCUGCAUGGGGCGCUUUGGGAACCAGGCUGACCACUUUCUUGGCGCACUGGCCUUCAGCCGAGCACUCGACCGCACCCUAGUCCUUCCGCCAUGGGUGGAAUAUCGCCCGGGGGAACCCAAGUCCGUGCAGGUGCCCUUUGACACAUACUUCAAGGUGGAACCGCUCACCAAGUACCACCGGGUGAUCAUCAUGGAGCGGUUCAUGAAAGAUCUGGCACCCUCCAUUUGGCCUCCAGGAAACCGCACUGUGUUCUGCUACCAAGCCCGUGCAUCGGGCCAGGGCUGCCAGGCCAAGGAGGGCAAUCCAUUUGGACCCUUCUGGGACACGUUUGGCGUGGAAUUUGACAAGUCUGAGUUCUACAUGCCUCUCCAGUACGAUAUCCACCACCAUGACAUGGCGCGCAAGUGGAAGGAGAAAUAUCCGGCCGACAGGUACCUGGUGUUGGCGUUUGUGGGCGCACCAGCCACCUUCCCCGUGCAGAAGGAGAACCUGGCACUGCAGUCAUACCUUGUGUGGAGUGACACAGUCCUCAACAAGGCACGCCACUUCAUCCGCACUAGCCUGCGUGUGCCCUUUGUUGGCAUUCACCUGCGCAAUGGCAUCGAUUGGGUGCGUGCCUGUGAACACUUGGAGUCAAGUCCACUGCUCUUCUCGGCACCUCAGUGCGUGGGCUACAUGGGUGAGCGAGGCCCACUGCCUGCAUUAGCCUGCCUUCCCACACCCGAGGUCGUCACACAGCAGGUGGUGCGCGUUGUUCGAGCUUUGCGGGCACGCUCUGUCUUUGUGGCCACAGACAGUGAUGCUAUGCUUGACCGGCUAAACCGCGCCCUCGAGCCUCUGCAGGCAGUGGCCAUACAGCGCGAGCCCAGUGAUCCGCAUGUGGACCUCGCCAUUCUGGGCCUGUCCAACCACUUCGUGGGCAACUGUGUGUCGUCAUUCAGUGCCUUUGUCAAACGCCACCGUGACGUGAAUGGCCUGCCCUCUUCCUUCUGGGCCUUCCAGCCGUUGGCCGGUGAUGGAGGCAUGAGUGCCAGUGAGCGCAUUCACCAGGAAUUGUGAUCGAUGCUAGCACGUUUGGUGGGAGUUGCAGCUCUGCAGAAAGGACACAUCGUUCGCAAGUCACCACUGUUCACGUCAAUUCUGUCCAGAGACUGCAGAAUCCAAGGAAGCCUAAUGACAUUUGCUGCCUUUGGUGGACCGUUCUUUGUUGUGAACACUGUGCAGGCUGUCAACAACAAAAGGGAAACACAGUCGAGUGAGAUGAGAUUAGCAGCCACAGGUUGUAGUUGAUGAUGCAAACGGGUGAUCACCAGGAGAGGCCUUUGUCUCGUAGUGGACCUAGUAAAUAGGCUAAUGACAAUGACAGGCUUUCACUUGUACGAGAGUGUAAGAUGCAUUGUACUUUACUAUGCAGCAGCUGCAAAACGUGGCCUCUAUAGCGGUUUGCAUACAAUGCAGAAGUUAGUAAGUGGUCCUUUAUUUUCGUUAAUAUGCUGCAUUCCCAGGACCAAUGCUUGAAAAAAAAAAAAAAAAAAAAAACCAGAGCCUGUCUUGCCUACGAGGUUGUUGAAAUACCCAUUGUGGUUGCAGGUGUAACCCUUAUCCAGUGCUUCUGUUUUUGCUACUUUAAAAUAUACCAGUGGUCAUUCUGUGCACUUUUGUCUGUUUGACAAAUGAUAUGUACUUAUGCUUUUAGUUGAAAUGAUCUUUUUUUUUUUGUCACAAGCCUGUGAUGUGAAAUAUCGGGUGAAGCCACCAUUGACUCAUUAAGUGGCAUAUUUUUUCACACUUAUUUCAAGUCUCUUGCCUAAAGGUGAGAGGCAUUUUUGACAUACAUCAUGCAGCUAUCACAUGCCAGGAAAAUGCUGUGUCAAGCUAGUGGGAACCAAACCCACAGAUGUCCUCAUUGUUUGUGUUGCUUCAUUAUUUGUGCUCUCAUUUCAUGCUCUUUAUUUCACUGGGUACUUGUAAUCUGGUUUCUGUGCUGUCAUGACUUGAAGCAUUGGGCUUCUACUGCUUGCUACGACAUUGCUGCAACUCAUAGUCUGUUGAAUGACGGCAGUCUGUUGGCUAGUUUCAAGUGGCUAACUGUGCCAAGAGAAAAGAGUGGAGCAAAGGACAAAAAUAAAGCAAGCAUAUUACUGCACUGUGCAUGGCUUUAUUUGUGCUUCUCAUUGCAUCCUCGCCUCGGUGCACAGUCAGUCACCAGCUGGCACAAAAUUAGAUCUUUUCUCCCCCCCCCUUUUUUUCUGCCGGUUUUCGUACAAAAAGUCUGCUACACUCAGGGCCAACGUCAUCCACUGUCUCUCCAUUCCAAUGCCAUGGUGCGUAAAGCACUCGUAAACCAGCAAUGCAGUGGAAAAAAAUUUAGUGAUACAGGUGGAAUACGUGUGGCGUCUAGCUUCUCAAGGUUGCGCAAAUAUGCUUUCUGAUGAGCAGUCCACAUAAAGCAGUAGGGACACUGGCCACUGUUGUCAUUGAGCUCAGGAUAGCAUGCCUGGUUACGUUAUUGCUUUCACAAUUUCUAUUUUCCUACUUAGGUGGUUGUCUGCAUAGAACGGUGAGAUGGCCACACAUGCUUUCGUGCUGGUGCCCUUCAUAAUCUGGCAUGAAAAGAAAUUGUGGCAAGAAAUAAAAGAGGUGCUCUGGCCAGCCACUCCUCUACAUAAUAGAAUGAGAGACAGUGCCUAUGACAAACACAAGUGUGCGUGACACAGCAAGUAUUACUGAAGCUGUCAGUCAUUAAACAAUGCUGUGUCAUUGCAUGCAUUGCUUGCCCAUUAUAAUUUUAUAAUAGCACCCCUAUCUCAGCUCUAGUGCACAAACAAGCAAGUAAACAUGCUCUUAGGCAUGAAUUAUAUAAUGCACAAGUCAAACCUCAUCAUAAUGAAAGGGAUUAGAACAAACUAAUUCUAAUUCCCCGACAAAGUUCCAUAGAAACCCACAGAAUAAAAUGUCAUUUUACUGAAGCAAACAUAUCCCAUAAAUGGAGGUAACAAACAUUUCUUUAGUUCGUAGGGAAGCAUUACUGAUUAUUUCGCAUCGACUAGGCCGAAAUGUGGCGGCACGUGAUGCUGCUAGCAAUUUCUCUGAUGCAGCGGUUCAAAACAAAAUCCUGUGAGCUGCCGGUUACCUGGCAUCCAGCAAACCGGCUGUGAAUAUGCAUAAGUGUUGAUGACGGCAUUAGAAACAGCGGUAGUCUGGGUCACCAAAGACAAAGCAGAAACCAAUUGCGGGCCCUUCGGCGGUGCACUGCAAGUUUUUCAUUGGUUUUGCAGUACUAGUAAAUCAUAGCAACACUCCCCAGGGUGACCGUGGGAGGGGAGCAAUGUUUACAACAAUGUCAUAGAUAUAAACUAAUUUCGGCUCCCUCUUCUAUUACAUUAUAAUAGUCAAUUUUUACUUAUUCUAAAUAGAAAUGGAAAGCACAUCUUAAAAUGGGAUGCAACGUCUGUGUUAAGAGGUGCAUAGUAAGAUUUUCGUUUAAACAUCAGAAUGUUAUUUAGUGUCAAAAGGAUGUGGCUAAGGAGCACUGGCAUGUCAAUUGCUCAUGAGCCAGGGUGAUACUUUGUCAUACUGCCAUAUCAUUGCAGUUUCAGUAAUGUACAGUGUAUGCAUGGCUGUAAGCAUUUUCAGCUUUUGUUUUUUACUACUUUUCCAACUUGUUUUAUUUUUCUUCCUGAAUGCAUUUUUGUCCUUCAAAUAAAAAAAUGCUUUCCUUUCA